AUGGACUUCUCAAAGUACAGCUCCAGUAUUCACGAAAGUGAUGGUCUGCAAGACGCGCAGUUGGCCAGGCGCAGUAGCUUGGAUGGACAGUGGAUCCAGAGUCCGCGCCUGCGGCAAUGCUUCAACAACAUUCAGCUUGGUGCGAAGAUGGGCGCCUCGGUUGGCGGCUGCUUCGGCCUCCUUACAGGGGCUUGGGUGGCGAUCACGCAGAGGAACCUCCUGGUGCUGCCAGUCUCCGUGAUCGGAGGUGCUGUCAGCUUUGGAUUCUUCCUGGGGUGCGGAAUGAUCAUCAGGUGUGAGGAGCAGAAGGGUGGUGCGAUGGUUCACUCCCAGCUGGUCUCCGUGGAUGCUUCCACCCGACCCAGACCGCUGCUUGGAGCGACCGGC